AUGUCUGUAAAAAUGAAGGCAGCAUUAUUCUUCCUACAGUUGAGUGGCUUCUUUGGAUCUGGGAGUGCUGGGAAGGUGCUGGUGUGGCCAAUGGAAUACAGUCAUUGGCUCAACUUAAGGACAAUCCUAGAUGAACUUGUGAAGAAGGGCCAUGAAGUGACGGUUCUGAUACCCUCAGUCUCUCUUUCUUAUGAGGUUGGUGACACAUCUGCUAUUGAGUUUGAGACAUAUCCUGCGUCUUUAUCCAUGGCUGAAUUGGAGGAACUUUACAAGGACUCACUCAAUAAAUACAUUUAUGAGCUGCCAAAGCAAUCAUUUUGGGGAUACUUUUUAUUAUAUCAGGAAUUGGCUUGGGAAGAUUCAAAAUAUUCUGAAAGUCUCUGCAAAGAUGCAGUUUUUAACAAGGAACUCAUGGCAAAACUACAAAAUUCAAGCUUUGAUGUCAUAGUAGCAGAUCCCUUCAUGCCCUGCGGUGACCUGCUGGCUGAGAUUCUCAAGAUACCACUUGUGUACAGUCUCCGAUUCUUCCCUGGCUCCACACAGGAGAAGUACAGUGGAGGACUGCCACUGCCUCCUUCCUAUGUGCCUGUUGCUCAAUCAGAAUUGAGUGAUCGAAUGACAUUCAUGGAGAGAGUACAAAAUCUGAUCUAUAUGCUUUCUUUUGACUUUUGGUUCCAAAUAUUUAAUGAGAAGAAUUGGAAUCAGCUUUACAGUGAAGUCUUGGGAAGACCCACAACACUCUCUGAGAUCAUGAGGAAAGCAGAUAUAUGGCUCAUUCGAACCUACUGGGAUUUGGAAUUUCCUCACCCUUUUUUACCAAAUUUUGAUUAUGUUGGAGGACUCCACUGCAAACCUGCCAAGCCUCUGCCAAAGGAAAUAGAAGACUUCGUCCAGUCUUCCGGAGAACAUGGUGUGGUAGUGUUUUCCCUGGGGUCCAUGGUGGGUACCCUAACAGAAGAAAGAGCCAAUAUGAUUGCAACAGGCCUUGCCCAGAUUCCCCAGAAGGUUCUUUGGCGAUUUGAAGGCAAGAAGCCAGACACCUUGGGCUCCAACACACGGCUGUACAAAUGGAUUCCCCAGAAUGACCUUCUCGGUCAUCCUAAAACCAAAGCUUUUAUAACUCAUGGUGGCACAAAUGGCAUCUAUGAGGCAAUCUACCAUGGGAUCCCUGUGGUGGGCAUUCCUUUGUUUGGAGACCAAUUUGAUAAUGUUGUUCACAUGAAGACCAAAGGAGCAGGGGUUCAAGUGGACUUUCUCACAAUGUCCAGCACAGAUUUGCUCCAUGCUGUGAAGACAGUCAUUAAUGACCCUUCCUAUAAGGAGAACGCCAUGCGGCUAUCAAGAAUCCACCAUGACCAGCCAGUAAAGCCCCUGGACAGAGCCGUCUUCUGGAUUGAGUACGUCAUGCGUCACAGGGGAGCCAAGCACCUUCGUGUGGCAGCUCAUGACCUCCCCUGGUACCAGUACCACUCUCUGGACGUGCUUGGAUUCCUGCUUGCCUGUGUGGUGACUGUGGUGUUCAUCAUCACAAAGUGUUGCCUCUUUUGCUGCCAGAGAUUUACUAAAUCUGGAAAGAAGAAGAAAAGGGAGUAG